AUGCCAAUGGGCAACAAACUAUUCGAAACGGAUCGUAUCAAACGAGUGCUCGAGACCAUUGAAAAGCAGGACCGACUGAUUGCCUCGCUAAAUGAUAAAAUCGAAACCCUGAGCACCCAAUCCCAGUACAACAUGAAAUUGGACACUGAUUGUAUCAGAGAGCUUCGGACACAAGUGAUAAAGGCGACGCCGAAUAUGUAUGAAAAAGAGCGAGCGGUGACAAUGAAAAUGAUCAGCGACGAGUACGAUCAGCGGACGCGAGUAUUGGAAGAGUCCAAAAAUCGAUUAAUCGAUCAUAAAAAUGUGAUGCUAACGUUUUCAAAACGAAAAGAGCUCGAGCAAAGAGCCAGAGGGUUACAUCAUCCGGUUGAUUAUCAUAUCAGUCGAUGGGAGCAAAUGUGGGCGGAGCAAGGUGGGGAGGUCAAGCAGGCGGCGAACAAGAAGAAAGUGGAAAAGUCAAAGAAGCAGUUGGAAUUUGAGGUUUCGCAAUGGAGUAAAGAAUGUGGAAUGUACGCGGUAUUCAAUGAGUUUCUAAUGGACCAAAUCUUGUUGGCGGAUACUAGAUUAGCCGUGGUGGAAGCUACCAAUGCGGAUCAUCAUACGACGAUAGAGGAAAUGCGAAAAAAGUGCAAGAUAGCGGAUAAUGUGAGAGACGCCAGACAACAACAGGAAAUCGAUUUAUUGAAACAAAAAUAUUCGGAUAUGGUUGCUGUGAUGAUGGAACAAAUCGUCAUGUUGAAAGGUUAUCAACAAAUCCAAUUAUCUGAAAAUCCAACUCUAGAAGAAAAAUGUGAAAAAAUGGGGAACGAACUGAACCGAAUGGUUGCUAACCUACCGAAUUCUGAAAAAUCCCAAACACUUCUGGAAAAAGAGAACCAAGAACUGGACAAAAUGGAUAAGGAGAUUGAUAAGCAGGUGGAUGCAGUAAGUAACCCUUUAAAAACUACAGUAAUCCUUUCCAGAAUCGCAGCGCUGGUCAACAUAAGAAAAGAGUAUCAUCGAAAGAGUGCACUGGAUAUUCUCCACUCGAUCAAAGAUUGUAGAUCAGUGGAACCAAUGGGAUCACCACUAUUCACCGACGAAGACCAACUGAUCACAAAUCUCCCUCCACAUCUUCAAAAAAUCAAUAAUCUCAACAAAUCUCAACAAUCCCAAAAACCCCAAAAAUCCGAAAAAAUCCAAAUGGGCGGAGCUCCAAACAUCCCCAAAUUUCCACAUGAAGAAAUCAAUAAAAUUUUCACAAAAGUGGACAAAACUCAAGCUGCCGUACUAAAAGAGAUCAUCAAAAAACAAGAGGAACGUCUGAAAAUUCUGGAAGAUCAAGUUUCGGAAAAAUCGAAAAUCGAGGAUAUGUCGGAUGAGGAGAAGACGCGAAAAAUCGAGGAAUUGGAGAGAAAAACGAAGGAAAUGGAGGAGAAAAUGGAGAAUUAUGAGAGGAAACUAGUGGAGAAGGAACGGCAAAUGGCGAUUAUCGAUAAUGGAUAUUUGCAGUUUGGUUUGGGAAUGACACGAUUUCAAAGUUCAGCUGGACGAAUGCCAGAUGAUCCGAUGCCAAAAAUUGAUGGGAAAUUGGGGAUUAGAAAUGUUCAAGGGGUUUAUGGGAACUCCUAG